AUGGGGCUCCGGGAGCGCGGAGCGGCCCGCCCGAGGUCCGGCGUCUCCGCUUCGCUUACGGGCGUCAACGGAGCCGCGGCGAGCCCGCAGAGCUCGGGUCGGGUGCUGAGGGACAGGGCGACGAGGUCAGUACCGGCCUGGCUGAAGGACGUCAAGAGCGACGACGAGGAAGAACCGAGCCCGGACACCGGGACGAACAAGCGGCGGAAAGUUUCCAACUCCAGGCGGAAGAAAAAUUCAGAAUCUGCGUGUUCGGCCGGAGGGGGAGUCGCAGGUGACAGCCUUCAAGGCACAGACAUGGAGGAUCCCAAGAAACCUGCUACAGAUGCUCAAGCUCUUCCCUCCAGACGCCCCCCGGCCCAGACUCGUGCCAAGCCCCCGUCUGCCAGAGCCAGCCGCAGCGCUGCCAAGCCUGUGUGUAAGACCGAACCUGGAAUGGAGAAUCCAGCUGCAGUGGAAGGAAAGGUAAACGAUAAAGAGAAGACUGAAAUUGAAAACAAAGAGGAGGAAAGCAAGGAUGUCGCUGAACCGGUGUUGGAUGGAGAAGACCCUUCAUUUCCCGAUGACCCUCACGACCUCAGCUACCAGCCACAGAGUCAGAGUGGUGCAGAGGAGGAGGAGGAGGAGGAGGAGGAGUCCCUCAGCAGUGACGAAGAUGUUCCUUUUAGAGACGACUUAAAUGAUCAGAGCUACGACCCUAAGGCUGAACGGGAUGUCCCUAAACCCAAGCGCAGAGCUCCUCCGAGACCGAAGGAAAAGAAAGAAAAAGAGAAGGCACCUAAAAAAGAGAAAGAGGUCGCUGAGAUAAAGGUAGAAGGUUCAGACAACUUGGAAAGUGUGGAGGAGGAAGUGAAGCUAGAAGAAGAAACUGUGGAAGACCCAGAUGGACCCAGGAAGAGAGGCCGACGGAAAAAAGACGACAAAACCCCACGGCUGCCAAAGAGAAGAAAGAAGCCCCCAGUGCAAUAUGUGCGCUGUGAAAUGGAAGGAUGUGGGACCGUCCUGGCUCAUCCUCGCUACCUACAGCACCAUAUCAAAUAUCAGCAUUUGCUGAAGAAGAAAUAUGUAUGUCCUCACCCGUCUUGUGGAAGACUUUUCCGCCUUCAGAAGCAGCUGCUGCGUCACGCAAAACACCACACAGAUCAGAGAGACUAUAUCUGUGAGUUCUGUGCUCGUGCCUUCAAGAGCUCCCACAACUUGGCUGUGCACCGCAUGAUCCACACAGGAGAGAAGCCCCUACAGUGUGAGAUCUGUGGCUUCACCUGUCGCCAGAAGGCGUCUCUCAACUGGCACAUGAAGAAGCACGAUGCUGACGCCACCUAUCAGUUCUCCUGCUCCAUUUGUGGUAAGAAGUUUGAGAAGAAGGACUGUGUGGUGGCUCAUAAGGCUAAGAGCCACCCAGAGGUGCUAAUCGCUGAGGCGCUGGCAGCCAACGCUGGCGCACUCAUCACAACCCCUGCCUCCCUGCUGGAGCUGCCAGGAAACCCCAUGCAAGCAGAGGUCACCAGCUUGGAUGUGAGCCAAGUAGGGCAGGAUGGGCAGAUGGAUCAGCUGAGCCAGGAAGGUCGAGUUGGGCACCAAGUGGCUCAGGUGUCCCAGAUGGGUCACAUGACCCAGCAAGUGAGUCACCAGGUGGUUUUACUGGGACAAGACCAGAGCCUCCACACCAUGCAGGUGCCAGUGACAAUUGCCCUGUCCCCAAUUGACCCCCCUUCACCAGCUGACAGCCAGCAGCAGACUCACCUCCAGCUGCAGAUGCCCGUCCAGUUUGUGCAGGCUGCUCAGCAGCAACAUCAGCCCCAAAUCCAACAACUGACCCUCCAUUCCAGCUCAUUGUUGACCCAGCACCAACCCCAGCUCCAGUCUCUUCAGGCAUACUCCUCUCAGCAGCAGAGCCAGGGUCAGACACAAAUCCUACAAAUGACCUUCCAGCCAGUUAGCCAAUCCCAGACCCACAUUCAGCAGAUCCCCAUUUUAGCAACCUCUCAUCAACUUCAGUCCCUGCACACAGCUGCCGCGGGCCCCCCUCUCCUGUCCACAACCCAAUCCCAGGAUCCUGCCUCCACAAAUGGGGGCAACUAUAUUCUGGACAAUCCAGGACUCAUUUCCUCCUCUCUUUCAGCCAACUCCCUCCAGCAGGCAGAGGCUGCAGGAGAGGAUGGUGUGGCCUGGGAGGAAAAUGGACAAGAGGUUCUGACUGGCGGCUCUGAGAGACACGUGCAGCACGUCCUCAUGUAAAACAAGGAGGGAGCACAGAGAGAAGGAAAUAGAGGAAGGUUAAGUCAACAGUGACCUGAUACACUGUAUUGCAAUGUUUGAAGUAAAUGUAGGAUCACCAAUAUAUUAUGUACUGUUCACCCAUAGUCAUAUUUGGUAGUUUUUUAGGAUAUCUGUAUCAGGGAAAGAUAUGUAUGUGGCUGUAUGUGUAAGUUGUUGCCUUUGUACAUAAUAGUCCUUAAAACUAAACUAGCCUUUUAUGUGAGUGUGUGUGUGUGUGUGUACUGAUGCUGAGGUUAUAUUGCAAAGCUGUUGCUAUUAUGCAAUAAUAUAGUUUACCUCUUAGUAAUAUACAGCACAUGAAAUGCCAAGUGUGAGGCACGUUCCUACUGGAAUAAAUCUAAGUAAUUUAUUUUAUGUUUUAAGCACAUAACGUGUUAGAAAGCUAUAAACAACAUCAAUGUGUGGGGCUGAGUAAAAUCUCAAUGAAAAUCAAAUAGGCAGUCAUUAUUUUUUCAUUUAUUGUCCAGAUCUACUAGAAAACAUUCAUUUGAUAGGAAAAAAUACAAAACCAACAAAAUCUGAACUCACAAAGACUGAAGAGGUGUAGACAAAAAAAAGGUGCUUCACAGUUUCAGAAUAUGCAUAUUUUAGCGAUGUUGGCAGUGUCUGUUAAAAUGAUAUUUGUGCAGCUGUUUGUUAAACCCUGCUGUUUGACUUUGAAGGAAUAAUAACUCAUGUGUAGUGGGGUCCAAAACAUUAACCAAACUGAAUUAGACAAACUCAACUUUUGUCUAUAACAUUUGAAGGGUGAUGUAAUUUGAUAAAUCAUGACUAUGUGGAUCCUUUGUUUAAAAAUGUCAAUACUAAGUCAGCACUUCUGAUCUGUGAUGUAGGACAUGUGGUAGCACAUACACAAAAAAACGAUUCAUUUAUAUGAUGUAAAUAAAUGUCUUAACAUUUA